AUGCGUUUGUCACUCAAGUCCUUCGCCUUCGGGUUGCUUUCAAUGCAGGCAUGUAUGAUAAUUGCAGGACCAUGCAAGCCGCCAUCAAUCACCUCUGUUGGCCAUUACUCUAGCAUUACAUCCACUGUCACAGAAACCAUCCUAUCCGAAGAUUCUACUUUCAGCGGGGACGUCACCACAUCAGCCAUUGCUGAAGCUAUCAGCAGUACUACUAGAGAUGAAUCAUAUGACGAUUCUACUACAAGUGCCGUGUCGACCACUGCUACCCUGAGUGCAGCAACAACCACUACUAUUCUUCCUGAGUUAUCAGGAACAGAAAACCUCAGUGGAACACAAACAACAACAUUCCUUCCUGAACAGCCAACCUCGACCGCACUCGCUAUAUCAACAACAACAUCAGUGGAAGCACCCUUGGGAACAACUCUAACUGCUGUAUUCAUCGACGAAGGCUACGAAAAGGAGGCCUGGCUUCCAAUGGACCCGUCUCCGAAUGUCGUUAUCACUAGCAAUGAAGACACUGAGUCUGCCGGUGCCCUCUUUGGUCUUGAAGCUGGAACCUCGCGGCUCUAUGCUAUCCUCCCUAGCGGCGAAAAACGUUAUGCUGCCACCUGCGUCCAAUGUAGUGGCGGCGGAUUUGCGUUCUAUACCGAAGAAGAGAGAACAGCGGGUUAUUUCGUCUUUUGGGCUAUAUGUACGGAAGUCGAGAACAGGUACCUGAGCUGCACACCAGAAAAUGGAGAGAGCAAUUCUUAUCCACACAUGUACUUUUACGAAAGUGGCGGGCACUACUGGCAAACUCGCUAUCCUGACCGCCGGGGCCAGACCGCUGUAGAGUUCAGACUUGGAUAG